AUGUUAUAAAAUAUUGUUUAUUCUGUUGGAUGGCUUGGAUCACAACCAAUAAUUUCAAUAUCACUUUUACGGUAUCUAAUUAAAACAGAUGUUGCUGCUCUUUAUGCUUCUUAAUUUUUUUUAAGAUUGUGGUGCAUAGCUGCCUUCUUUAUAGCUUUUAUUUAGUAAAUAUAUGGUUUUUAUAUAAUAGCAAGAUUGUGAUUUUACAACAUCCAACUAAGAAUUCACCUCAUGAAUUAGCUUAACCAUUCCGUUUUUCAUUUUCUCUUGUUUUCACUUGUGCAAUAUUCGAAUUUAUUCAAUUAGCAUUAACUAUUCAUGCAGUAAUAAUAGAAUAAAAUAUAAGUUAGCCUAUUACAGUAUAGUCCACUAUUUAGCCCUCUAUUAGUUAUUCAGAGCCUUUUUUCGAAGUUGGAUUAACAAUGUGACACCUAAUACAAUAUUUUGUUCAUUUUUGCUUAUGGGUUUAGUCUAUUUAUUAGAAGAUUGGAUAGUACUCAUUCCUGGUACAGCUUUCUAGAACAAAUAUCUUUCUAUUUAAAAAACUUUUGAUUGGUAACCUCUUUUAAUGGUUAUUGGUGCAGCAGCUUCUCAUACUCUAGGAAUUUGGAUGUUUAAAGUUUUGUCAAUGAAAAUGCAUUAAACAUAAAAAGCUUUUAUUGAUAGAGUUUCUUGGUCUAAUUAUAUAGCUGAUGAACCUGAUAAAAUCACUUACAGUUUAUGUGUAGUCAACAGUUUAUUCAGCAAAUAUUUAGAGGCUUAAUUAAGGAUACAUUGUGAGACUAAUUCUAUGUAAAUUGAUGGUCUGUCAUAAAAAGAACUUAGAGCUUUAAUUAAGGAUUAUUUUGAUAACCAUCUAACAUACAGUUUUUAAUAUAUGGAGUAAUUCAAAAUAUUUAAUUUUAAUAAAGAAGGUAAUUUUAAUAGAAUAUUCUGAUAAGCUGUUGAUGAUCCUGCCAUUUAUAAAGAAGAAGAUACUUUACUUAGGAGAUUAAUUAAAGAGAAGAUUUAUGAAAUCUAACUAUAACAUCAAUAAUAUAAAGAAUUAUUUGGUACUGAUAAGUAUCUGAAUCUUUAAUUUGAAAUUCUUUUUGAAGAUUAUGGAAUUCAUGAAUAUAUUUGGGAUGAUGAAACUCCAUAUAUUCAAUUAAUUAUUUCAUUUUUUGAAGGAAUAUUUUGUUUCUGUGGUGCUUUUUAUAAUCAUGAAUAUGACAAUUUAUUUUCUUAAGGCUAUAAAUUAGAAAUGUCGCAUGUAUCCUAUUAUGUAUGGAUAACUAUAUUUUUGGGAAUGUUUCAAUUACUUAAAAUAUUGUAAUUUAUAUGAAUAACUACAUAGUUCAUUUAAAUUAAUGUUCUUAUGGAACGUACAAACUUAUUUUUUUAGUGGCAUUUUUACAGAAUUAAUAAUUGUAUAUCUAACAAUGAUUUGGAUUGAACCUGUAGGAUAUUUAUAAGUCUUAGGCUUAGUUUUAUCUUAUUGUAUAAUGUGUGUAUUGUAUAGAUCAGCUGAAAAAGUGAGAGAUUAAAGUAUCCUCUUUUAUUUUAUAAUUAGAAAAUAAACUCUUCUAUUUGAGUUUUAUUACUUUUUUAAUAAGGGUAUAAAAAUUUACUGUGAGAGAAGGAUCUUAAAUUAUUUAAAUGAUGUCUCUUUGUGCAGAAAGAUUAAGUCUUAAUGAAUUUUUAAAAGUAUUGGCUUAAAUUCUUUGUACUCAUGGGAUCGUCAGUUAUGAUUAAUUGAGAUAAAUUAAAUUUAGUCAUUUUGGAAAGAGUCCUUUUUUCUAAUUUUAGAUUCCUUUUAUUUUUCAAUCUCAAUUAAGAUAUGAGAAUAAUAUCGAAGAUCCAUAUCUUCCUGAAUUUGAUGAAGAACAUCUUAUUAGAGAAGAGGAUAAACAAACAAAGUUUGAAAGGUAAUUAUAAUUUCUAUUAUAUAAUAGAUAUAUUAUAGAUAGUAAAUUUGAUAAUGAAAAAUAAUAAGUCAAAGACGAAGUCAAAUAAACAGUAUUAGAAAUUAGAAGAUUGAAUUAAUCAAAAAUAUUCUAAAGCAAUAUUUAAUAAUCAAGAAUUGUUUAAAAUAAUGAACAUCAAGAAUGA